AUGAGUAAUGUGAUUGAUCAUACCAAUGAGACUCAUAUUGUUGAUCGUGUUAAUGAUAAUAAUGCUAACUUUUGUUGUUACAAUGCUACUGGUGUUAAGUCUAAUACUAAUAGCAUUCAUCUUGAUGAUAAUAGUCAUGUUGUUGAUAAUAAUAAUAAUAACAUUCAUAAUGUUGAUUGUGUUAAUGAUAAUAAUGCUAACUUUUGUUGUUACAAUGCUGCUAGUGUUAAGUCUAAUACUAAUAGCAUUUAUCCUGAUGAUAAUAGUCAUGCUGUUGAUAAUAAUCAUAAUAGAACUACUAGUCAUGAUGUUUAUAUUGAUUCUGAUGCUGUUGGUAUAGAAUCUGUUGUUGAUUAUCAUGCUGUUGAUGUUGUUCAUGAUUAUACUACUAAUAGUAGUGCUUACAAUGCUAUUGAAACUGAUUCUGGUACUAGUAGUUUUAAUGAUAAUAAUGUUGUUCCUCAAUGUCAUAUGUGUAUGCCUAAUAGUUCACUUUUAGCCCAUCAAGCCACUAGUCAUAAAUAA